AUGAAACUGGUUAGAAAACGAAUUGAUAAAGAUCGAUCGGGAACCGUUGAACUUUAUCCCGAAGAGCUCGAGGACAUGUGGCAUGUGUAUAAUCUAAUUUCAGUAGGUGAUAGUUUGAAAGCCACGACAAUACGGCGUGUUCAAAAUGAAAGUAGUACUGGUUCGGUAGAGUCACAGCGAAUUAGACUUACUUUAACCAUAACAGUGGAGGAUAUAGAUUUUGAUCCGCAAGGUGGUCUAUUGAGAAUUAGGGGACGUAAUAUGGUCGAAAAUAAAUAUGUCAAAAUGGGAAUGUAUCAUACGAUUGAUCUUGAGUUAAAUCGAAAUUUUACGCUAUUUAAAUCAGAAUGGGAUAUUAUCGCACUUGAACGUAUUGAAGAAGCAUGCGAUAUCACCAAACAAGCUGAUGUUGCUGCAGUCGUGCUCCAGGAGGGUCAUAAACAUUCACUUCAAGAAGUAUUACAAGAUUCAGCUGUACAAAGCCAGUUAACAGACACAAAGUUCGCAAGGGAAAUUGUCGCUCUAGAUAAGUUUUUCAAGAUGCUUAAUGAAGAUCCUGACAGAGCCUUCUAUGGAUGGGAUCAUGUGAGAAAAGCAGAAGAAAGGGGUGCUAUCGGAACGUUACUUCUUUCUGACGGAUUAUUUAGGUCUGCAGAUAUUCCAACUCGUAGAAAAUAUAUUCGUCUUGUCGAAUCAGUUCGUUCAAGUGGUGGCAAAGUGCUAAUAUUUUCAAGCCUACACGUUUCAGGAGAACCUACAAAUAAUUCUAAUGUUAAAGGUUUAUAUGAAUUUUUUCAGGGUGGUAUUCAUGAUCCUAAUCCGUUACCCGAUGUUAAAGAUAUGAUUACGGUAAUUUAUGAAUAUGCGAUAAGAGAAGACCCAAAAUUAUUCGGACUGGAAGAAGCACCUGAACCACAUAAAGGGUACAAAGAAGAGUCAAAUGAAAUGCCUCUUAAUAAAAAAAGAAACUCAUUAUUUAUGGAAUCCUUACGUCAUAUUGAUCAUACUUAUAUUAAAAAACAUACAAAUGAACAAGACUUGCGGCCAGCAUAUACUCCUGCCUUAGAACGCUACGAAUAUAAUAUAAAUUAUUGGAAUGAGAUGAAACAAUAUUUAAUUCACACUUUAAAUCAAAUCAAAGUAACGAUGAUAUUGUACUUACUUUCAUUGAUACCCUUUAUUGGCGUGUUAGUUUAUCCAAUCGCGAGUGCUUACGCUCUGGUAAACUCAUUAGGUUAUAAACAAGCCAUUGUUGUGGGUAUCUUGAUGUAUAUAACACCAGGUACAAAACCUUUUGCUAUGGUGUUUUUAGAAAGGAAUUAUUGGAACCUUAUUUUGGAAGAAUUAAAUUUGAUAAAGAAAUUAAAAGGAAAUGGUUUAGGGAAAGAGAAGGAAU